CAACGUGUGGAAGUCCUGGACCAUCUGAACGGCUCUCGUAUCGUCUUCUCUGACGAUGGCCCUCCCUCCAGCCAGCAGCAUCACCUGUCCCCUCCAGACCUGACCCAGGAGGUGGUGGUCAUCUCCCCGGGGCUCCCCACCCCCCUUCUUAGCCCCUUCCGUUCCACAAGACUGCCACCCGUGGAGCUCAUUAAGGCAAGCAAAACUGUUAAGAAGAUGCACAUGGUUAUUGUUCAGAUUUAGGAUUUUAAUUUGAGCCAGUUUGCAACAGGAAAUGUGAAUUAUUAUAUGAAUUAUAAUUAAUGGACAUUUAUGUAGAGGGGUUGAUCCAUUUUUCUUAAGGGAAAAUCAAGUCUGAAAUUUCCAAGUGGAAAUUACAAACUUCAGAAACCUUUUUAAACCUCAAAUAUACUACAGGUUUUAAAUGUCCUGCAUUGCAAGAAAGUUCUCCUGCAACAUGGUGAUCAAAUGAAGAUCCUACAUCUGUAGCACUUCAACGAUAACAGCAGUUAGGAACACAGUAAGGGAGAAAAUGUAUGCACUCACUAACUGUAAGUCAUUCUGGAUAAGAGCGUCUGCUAAAUGACUAAAAAUGUAAAAAUGAACACCUUCCUAAUAUUGCACCCCCCCCCCCCCCCCCCCCCCCACCCACCCACCCUUUUGCCCUCAGAACAGCCUCAAUUUGUCAGGGCAUGGACUCUACAAGGUGUCGAAAACGUUCCACAGGGAUGCUGGCCCAUGUUGACUCCAAUGCUUCCCACAGUUGUGUCAAGUUGACUGAAUUACAUUUGGGUGGUGGACCAUUCUUGAUACACACAGGAAACUGUUGAGUGUGAAAAACCCAGCAACACUUAAAUAUUUUGUCUUGCCCAUUCACCCUCUGAAUGGCAAACAUACACAAUCCAUGUCUCAAUUGUCUCAAGGCUUCAACAUCCUUCUUUAACAUGUCUCCUCCCAUUCAUCUACACUGAUUGAAUUGGAUUUAACAAGUGACAUCAAUAAGGAUCAUAGCUUUCACCUGGAUUCUCCUGGUCAGUCUAUGUCAUGGAAAGAGUAAGUGUUCUUAAUGUUUUGUACACUCAGUGUAGAUCACACGUUAUAUUCAUAGACAACUGCUCCAUCCUGUGGAAUUGUCUAGUAUCACAGGUUCAGUGUUAUGCCACUGAAUUGGAAUGUACUGGAUAUUGAUAGAGGUCCUGUAUUUCUGUUGGUUAAUCCAAUAUAUGCUAAUGUCUCUUGCACUACAGACUAUUUCCACAGUUUAGUUUAGUUUAUUAGGAUCCCCAUUAGCUACUGCACAUGUUCCACAUAGAACGUACAAAUACAUGACGAAGUACAGAACAGUAAAAGACAAGAACAACAUAAGAUAUUACAUUUAAAAAAUAAUUACAAAAAAUAAAGAGUUAUAUAUAGGAAAGACACCAAGAGACACCAAAAAUACUAUUUACACACUAUUCAUAUAUACAGCCACAUGCUCUCCGACUGAUAAUGUUUAUAUCAGACUAACUGUUUUUCCAUCCUAGGUCUCAGAGGUCAAUGGGAGUGACCCUCUUACCGACCCUCUUCGUUUUGGAUCAUACUAUGGCCCUGCUCAAUCAAAUGGUAGGAUUAUAGUUUUCUUGAAAUGAUCAUAUAGAGCAUUACAGUUUUAGUUUGAUUAUCCUUCUACCCCUCCCUCUCCCACCCCCCCAUAUUAUUUACAUUUAUUUUAAGUGGUUGUCCCACUGGCUAUCAUAAGUUGAAUGCACCAAUUUGUAAGUCGCUCUGGAUAAGAGCGUCUGCUAAAUGAUGUAAAUGUAAAUAUACAUGUAAAUAUGUUUUAUGUUUAAGUGAUGAAUGUGCAAAGUAUUAUGGGAUCUUUGGUCAGCUUUAAUGAAGCCUUCACAAUCAUUUUAUUAUCACCCUAAAAUGUAUUAUAUGAUGCGGGGUAUAUGCCACCCAGUGGCAAUAGUGGUGAAGAAGACCGCUUGAAUGUUCAUACUGUUACUCAGCUGAAAUGUAAUAGAAGAAUGAGGACAGUUUGAACUGCUUUUGAUAACAGAUCUGUCCUGUCUUUCUGUAACAGGGGUUAUUUCUAAUGGAGUCCAGACCAGGGGCUCUUCCACUCUGCCAUGCAGGGCUGCUACAAGGGAGGAGCGCCUCAUCAAGUUCUCUGGGAUCGGCCCAGUGGAUGAAACAGGGAUGCCCAUCGCCUCCAGAUCAGUAAGAUAAACACAGACAGACAGCAGCAUUCAUAACCAUACAUAACAUGACUGUAAGUCGCUUUGGAUAAAAUCGUCUGCUAAAAAGCAUAUAUUAUUGUUAUAUAUUAUAUAAUAUUAUAACCACAUAUGGCCCUAGUGCCCAGACUUUUUCUUAAUCUGGUCACGCAGAUAGGAAAAACUCAUUGGUACGCUCCUACAGGUGUAGGAUCUUAAUUUGACCAGUAUUGUCGCAGCAAAAUAAUCCUGCAGCAACAGGAUUUUAAUGUUUAGUCCAUAAUGUUGCUUGUUAGGCUAUUAGCUGUCCAAAAUUAGGCUACAUGAAAAGUGCAAUACUGUUAAGAUAAUCGUGUGUUAUUGCGUGUUCUCAGUGAAUUUAUGUAAAACAUGAAGCUCAUCUGCAUUUCCCGGGGCAGGAAAAUUCUCAGCAACAAAAUAGUGAUCAUAUUAAGAUCCAACAUCUGUAGUUGUCAUUUACCUGGUGCCAAAAUGUUCUCAUUCAUGUACUCUGAAACUUCUGAGAACGUGUUGUAUCGGAUGAAUGGUGGCCAUUAUUGCUGUCAACAAAGAGUCCGUUUUAUGCUGCAUCGUGUUAGAGGCUUUUAUUAAAAUCACGAGGUUACAGCAUAAAUGACAGGUGACAUGACACCCGGAGAACGGCUCUCCCGAUUGCCAUGGCCGUUCUGACGUCUUCCUCGCCCAACCCCCCUAUUUAUAAACAAUGAAACUCCCUCCUCUGGCCAAUCACCAGUUUACAACACACUUCCUGUCUAUUAUAUGUGACAUUAUACUAAACAUUGCCUUUUGAUACUAACAUAACCAACAUUCCAUUUCUUCAUGAAAAACAUUUAACAAAGGCAUAAUCUUCAGAUACUAUAAACGUUUUCUCAUAUGUCUACAAAUACAGUGGGGAGAACAAGUAUUUGAUACACUGCCGAUUUUGCAGGUUUUCCUACUUACAAAGCAUGUAGAGGUCUGUAAUUUUUAUCAUAGGUACACUUCAGCUGUGAGAGACGGAAUCUAAAACAAAAAUCCAGAAAAUCACAUUGUAUGAUUUUUAAGUAAUUCAUUUGCAUUUUAUUGCAUGACAUAAGUAUUUGAUACAUCAGAAAAGCAGAACUUAAUAUUUGGUACAGAAACCUUUGUUUGCAAUUACAGAGAUCAUACGUUUCCUGUAGGUCUUGACCAGGUUUGCACACACUGCAGCAGGGAUUUUGGCCCACUCCUCCAUACAGACCUUCUCCAGAUCCUUCAGGUUUCGGGGCUGUCGCUGGGCAAUACAGACUUUCAGCUCCCUCCAAAGAUUUUCUAUUGGGUUCAGGUCUGGAGACUGGCUAGGCCACUCCAGGACCUUGAGAUGCUUCUUACGGAGCCACUCCUUAGUUGCCCUGGCUGUGUGUUUCGGGUCGUUGUCAUGCUGGAAGACCCAGCCACGACCCAUCUUCAAUGCUCUUACUGAGGGAAGGAGGUUGUUGGCCAAGAUCUCGCGAUACAUGGCCCCAUCCAUCCUCCCCUCAAUACGGUGCAGUCGUCCUGUCCCCUUUGCAGAAAAGCAUCCCCAGAGAAUGAUGUUUCCACCUCCAUGCUUCACGGUUGGGAUGGUGUUCUUGGGGUUGUACUCAUCCUUCUUCUUCCUCCAAACACGGCGAGUGGAGUUUAGACCAAAAAGCUCUAUUUUUGUCUCAUCAGACCACAUGACCUUCUCCCAUUCCACCUCUGGAUCAUCCAGAUGGUCAUUGGCAAACUUCAGACGGGCCUGGACAUGUGCUGACUUGAGCAGGGGGACCUUGCGUGCGCUGCAGGAUUUUAAUCCAUGACGGCGUAGUGUGUUACUAAUGGUUUUCUUUGAGACUGUGAUCCCAGCUCUCUUCAGGUCAUUGACCAGGUCCUGCAGUGUAGUUCUGGGCUGAUCCCUCACCUUCCUCAUGAUCAUUGAUGCCCCACGAGGUGAGAACUUGCAUGGAGCCCCAGACCGAGGGUGAUUGACCGUCAUCUUGAACUUCUUCCAUUUUCUAAUAAUUGCGCCAACAGUUGUUGCCUUCUCACCAAGCUGCUUGCCUAUUGUCCUGUAGCCCAUCCCAGCAUUGUGCAGGUCUACAAUUUUAUCCCUGAUGUCCUUACACAGCUCUCUGGUCUUGGCCAUUGUGGAGAGGUUGGAGUCUGUUUGAUUGAGUGUGUGGACAGGUGUCUUUUAUACAGGUAACGAGUUCAAACAGGUGCAGUUAAUACAGGUAAUGAGUGGAGAACAGGAGGGCUUCUUUAAAAAAAACUAACAGGUCUGUGAGAGCCGGAAUUCUUACUGGUUGGUAGGUGAUCAAAUACUUAUGUCAUGCAAUAAAAUGCAAAUGAAUUACUUAAAAAUCAUACAAUGUGAUUUUAUGGAUUUUUGUUUUAGAUUCCGUCUCUCACAGUUGAAGUGUACCUAUGAUAAAAAUUACAGACCUCUACAUGCUUUGUAAGUAGGAAAACCUGCAAAAUCGGCAGUGUAUCAAAUACUUGUUCUCCCCACUGUAUGUUUUUGUCAUGUUCCCUUCUUUUCUCACACCAGAGUGUGAACAAGCCCAAAGACUGGUACAGGAGCAUGUUCAGGCAGAUCCACAAGAAGCCAGAAGGUAUGACCCCUCCUCCCUCUCGCCUUCUCUCACACACACUCACACCAGCCCAGACAGAGAAUUCCUUUCUAUCAAUGUCAGCCUCCAGAGAGCUGAUCCAGAGGGCAGAUUAUUCCAGGGAGAGGAGAACUCUCAAGCCGUUUUGAUAUCUAUACCCAAUCAUUCCAAUUUAUCUACAGUAUCUCCACAUAUCUAGCCCCAUCCUAAAUGUAUUCCUUCAUACCAGUUCUUAUAUCCAGUUGUAUAUCAGUAGUCUAUGUCUGGUUAUGUGUCUGCUUGGUGGUAUUGACAGGCAGCACUCAGGUCCUCAGAGUGACAGCACGGGAAUGGCCAGGAUGGAGUUUAAAACUGAUUCUCAGGUGUCACCACUCUGCAGGCAGUUGGCUUUUAACCUUUAACAGGUUUCACAGCCACUGAUCCCUCCUGAGAGCAGUGUCUACUGUCCUGGUUCAUUGUGCCAUAGGCACCAACCUGAUUAGUGUGCAGGUGAUGGAUUCCUUUGGCAGAGUACAGAAAAUAUUUGCAUUAGUCACAUUUCAUAAUGGCAUUGGAAUGUCACUAGGGCCCGAUUCUGCUUUAAGAAAUUAUGCCUUUCGUAGGCACGCCUUUCAGCACUUGGUAUUCAGACUUACCUUAUGAAGGUGCCUAACAGGCUUUGCAGGCGUGGUUCCCUUGCGCGAGCUGAAUAAAUGUAAUUGAACCGCUGAAAACCCUCCCACUUGCUGGCCAACAGAUUUUGUCAUAGAGUUUUCAUUCAAUAGGGUUUUCAGUACAUUUAUCUUAAGCCUUCCCUUUAAAUACAGUGUACCUUUAAUUAUAAUUUUGUCUACAGACUAAAAUACAUUGAGAGAACAGGUUCAGAAAAUAGGGGUCAAUGAAAGAAAUCCAAAUAUAUGCAUAUUCGUCUCCGUUUCAACACCAACAGUUAGAUCAAAAAAUACUCUGACUUUAUAGAUUAUUUAGGCAUGAUAAGUAUAUAAGAAUAAAAAAUAAAUAAAACAUGUUUUGGAGAGCAUUUACACACAAAAUAUUUACAUUUUAGUCAUUUAGCAGACGCUCUUAUCCAGAGCGACUUACAGUUAGUGAGUGCAUACAUAUUUUUUUUUCAUACUGGUCCCCCGUGGGAAACGGACCCACAACCCUGGCGUUGCAAACGCCAUGCUUUACCAACAGAGCUACACAGGACUAUAUAUUGAUGAAUAAAAAAUAUGGUGGUUUGAUUCCUUCUGAAAAUUGCCAAAUUCAGUUCUUUGACCCAUGGUAAUGUUGGAAGAUUAGUGUACAUAUAAUUAUAAUAGGGAGAAUAGUGUACAAUAGUAGGCUAUACCCUCAUCUAUUGCCUGCACCAACCAUGGAACUGUUUGAUGACACAGCCAGGUAUUGCGCCAUGCGUCAGGUUCUAACUGUUACAGCUUGGUCUGCGCUCUGCUCCAUAACAAUUAAAUUAUUGUUUUUUAUAUUAUGAACUGUUACUAAUGAUCCUCAGCAACAACCACAUGACCGUGAUGGCGUUUACAGAGGAAGCAAAUGAAGAUAACUGAAACAAUGUAAUUAAAUAGAAUGAUAACGUAGGCUAUACCAACUGAAGGGAACUAACAGUAAAUUGGCAGUUGAAUAUGUGUGGUUAUUAGGCCUACUGACAGUCGAUACUGAUAGUGGCUAAUAUUUAAGAUGAUAGAAAUAGGAAACAGAGAAAGUCGCGGAAGUCGAGACAUUUGAGAGUGCCCAUCCCUGCAAAUUAAAAGGCUGUACAAUUUAAAUUCUGCAUAACGGCAUAGCAUUUCAUAAACUUUAAUGUGGGGAAGUUGAUAUGUUUAUAUGCUUCAGUUUGCUGCCAUAUGACUGGUUUCAAAUUUGUCUCCAGCGAUUAUAAGGUAAAAUAGAUCUAAACCAAGUGUCAUUUAUAUUUACAAUUCCCUUAUCCAAAUGGAUUACUCAUUUACCUAGCUCUUAUCAAUAGCUCUUAUCAAGUUGUAAAUUACAGUGUAUGGAGAUAGCUGUUAUUUCUAUAGGAAAAAAAUAAGUAGAUGCUUUUUCUACAUGGAACCGGCAGAUUCGCUCGACCUUAUUCAUGGUAUCGUCUCACGUAAAAGUCGUGGAUUUAUUAGGGAAUGAAGUCAGAAGGUCAGAAUACGGUAUAUCUGUAGACACACCUCCGCCACAAUUUCAUUUCUUAGAUCUCCACCACGAACAAAUAGCAGGUGAUUAGCAUGCUAUUCUCAUGCUUAAGUUCAAGGUCAGAAUAUGUAUAGAGAGAAAAGUGAUCUUAACUCGAGUCGGAAUUGGGGCCCUACUGAAUAGAAUAUACACUAUGUACUGUAUACAAAAGUAUGUGGACACCCCUUAAAAAUAGUGGAUUUGGCUAUUUCAGCACAUAGCCAUGCAAUCCCCAUAGACAAACAUUGGCAGUAGAAUGGCCUUACUGAAGAGCUCAGUGACUUUCAACGUUGUACCGUCAUAGGAUGCCACCUUUCCAACAUGUCAGUUCGGCACAUUUCUGCCCUGCUAGAGCUGCCCCGGUCAACUGUAAGUGCUAUUAUUGUGAAGUGGAAACAUCUAGGAGCAACAACGGCUCAGCCGUGAAGUGGUAGGCCACACAAGCUCACAGAAGCGCGUAGCGCAUAAAAAUCGUCUGUCCUCGGUUGCAACACUCACUACCGAGUUCCAUACUGCCUCUGGAAGCAACAUCAGCACAAUAACUGUUCGUCGGGAGCUUCAUGAAAUGGGUUUCCAUGGCCGAGCAGCCGCACACAAGCCUAAGAUCACAAUGCGCAAUGCCAAGCGUCGGCUGGAGUGGUGUAAAGCCGCCAUUGGACUCUGGAGCAGUGGAAACGUGUUCUCUGGAGUGAUGAAUCACGCUUCACCAUCUGGCAGUCCGAUGGACAAAUCUGGGUUUGAACAGGAGAACGCUAUCUGCCCGAAUGCAUAGUGCCAACUAUAAAGUUUGGUGCAGGAGGAAUAAUGGUCUGGGGCUGUUUUUCAUGGUUUGGGCUAGGCCCCUUAGUUCCAGUGAAGGGAAAUCUUAACGCUACAGCAUACAAUGACAUUCUAGACGAUUCUGUGCUUCCAACUUUGUGACAACAGUUUGGGGAAGGCCCUUUCCUGUUUCAGCAUGACAAUGCCCCUGUGCACAAAGCAAGGUUCAUACAGAAAUGGUUUGUUGAGAUUGGUGUGGAAGGGUACUAUUUAUGAUUACUGUUCUCUAAAUCCCUCUAACUCUCUUUGCUAUCUUUGCCCAUUUGUUAGAAACUGACGAGGACUCUGAGCGAUGGUCUGCUGAAAGUGAGUAAAGUGGAAAUACCAUAGCCAUGUUCCAUGUUCUGGGCUGUAACAUAUCUACUCUAUCAGAUGGCCAGUCAUUGCUAACACUAAUUUCGACGGAUCCUCAGGGACCCGGGCCCUUGCUGCUGACUCAGCCGGUGGGCAGCAGACUCAGACCCAUAUGGACAAUUAUGGAUCCCUCCCUGACUGGUGAGACUUGGAGAGUCCACGUUCAACCUCCUAAUUUAAACCAACAGUAGAGCUUAGUGAGGUGGAAGAACUCAUGUUGAGAAUGUUAGAAUGUGUUUGUUUCUGUUACCGUAUAACCAUGACUAAGUUCACAGCAUAUCAGAAGCAUGUGGUCAGUCAUUGUGAAACACCUAGUACAUGCUACUUGAGUCAACCUGGUAAUUGGGUGAAUGGCAUAAGUGUGAAUUCCAAUCUAGACCCAAGGCAAGGAGUGUGGGGAGAGACAAAAACAAGUGCCGGAUAGACACGUUUGGAUCUGUUCCUACAGGCACUGACACUGAAACCAUGAUUAAGUUGCGUUGUGUGUGUGUUCGUGCAUGCAUGUUGUUGGGGAUUGUGUUUCAGGAGUGAGCUGGGGGUUGAAGAUAAGCUUUCAGACCGAUGGGGGGAGCCACCACAGCCCAGGAGCAUAUUUGACUUUGAGCCUGGACAGAGCACCACCUCAGAGGUCCACAGCCAGGUAAGGCCUUACCUACCUUUACCAGGGAACUUAACAUGGAGCAAUACCACACAUUUGAAUUUAGAUGGUACCUGGAUAGAACACAUUUGUUUGUAUUCAAAGGUUGCACUGUGGCAAAUAUUUUCUUGGAGUAAGACUUCUUCAAAUUCCUGAUUUUAAAACAACACGUUUUUCAUUGAGGUUUUCAAAAGAUUUGUGGCUUAGCUUCAGAACUAUUUUUGUGAGUUUUUCUAUGUACUGUAUUUGUUAGUGUGGAGUGGGCUUGCAUACAAUAGCUGCUCAUGGUGGCAAACACCUAAUCCCUUUCCUAUUACGAUUAGUUUGUGUCAAUACCCUGGAAUGCUUCUCAGCUGAGAGCAUCUCAUGCCAGGUAAUCAGGAAGUUGUUAAUGUGGUCAGUGCUACAAUGGCAAACCCACACCAGCUGUGUUCUGGCAUCCUUCUUAAUUUUGAGAUCAAAAUUUGUAGAACAAGCAAAAGAACGUGAAGACAGUGUUUGUUAACCAUGAACUGCCAUAAACUACUGGAUGGUCAACAGUGUGUAUUGCUGUCUGUGAUGCAUGUGUUCCCUUGGAAAUGUAUCUAACUUGAGUAAGGGAACUUGGAACUACCCAUGUGUGUGUGUGUAUAUGUGUGUGUGUGUGUGUGUGUGUGCAUGCGUGUGUGAGGCCCUUUGAGUACUGUAUGUCUGUCUUUUAAAAUACCCUGAAUGAUUUAGAGAGGAGUGUGUUUGUUUCUGGGCUGACGUUUUGAAUGGCUCUUGUCGCCACGCCCCAGAUAGUGUGCAAAUUGAGCCUGGCAUCUCACAGCGGGAAGAAAAUAAAUCUUUGUUUCCCCUCUGCCAGAGUAGAGUCCCCCACGUGGCCCAGGCAUCUUGUGAUACUGAUUAUGCCUGUUAACCUCUUGUGGUGCGUAAUGCUUCACAGUAUGGAGGCGUAUUUCAUUUACUCUGAAGGUCAUCAACAGGCUUGCUCUAGAUUAGGUAGAAGUUGUCCCUAACCAACGGAUACAGGGUCAUAUAUGUUUGAUCCCCCUAAUGCAGGGUUCUUCAAUUCCGGUCCUGGAGGGCCGAAACACUUCUGUUUUUUAUUUCUACCUGGUAGUUAAUUGCACUCACCUUGUGUCCCAGGUCUGAAUUAGCCCCUGAUUAGAAGGAGAGGAUGAAAAACAGAGGUGUUUCGGCCCUCCAGGACCGGAAUUGAAGAACCCUGCCCUAAUGGUUGAGGUUAAGAUUGGAGGUAGUGUAAUCUGAUCCUAGAUCUGUGGUUAGGUACAACUUCUACCUCCAGCAACUCCUCUCCUCAGACCAGGCCAGCCUGUGUAUAGAGAAUCACACAAUUAGAGAGCACACACCAAAUCAAGUGCUGAACUCCUUAGUAGUGAUAUCAUUGCCUGUGAUUGUGGUGAUGACUACUGGCUGAGAGAAUACUUUGGCUUUCACAGGAUCUCACUCUGCCAAGGUAUUUCAAGGAACAUGAAAAAGGGGCCGGGAGUUGAAGGUUUCUUAAGAGUUUUUACCCUUUUAAAGUAGUGUAGCUUGAUGCAAUUCUUUCUGGUGUGAGUUACUGGGCCAUAUGUCUUCUUAAAGCCCAGUGCAGUCAAAAUGCAGUUUUUCCUGUGUUUUGUAUCAGCUGAUGAGACUAACACUGUAAAAGUGUGAACAAAUUAGAUCUCUGUUAUUUCCUGAUAGUUGCUGGUUGAAAAUACAAUCUACACAGGACAAUCUAAUUAGCAGGUUUGGGCUGGAGUUUUGGCUUGCCUGGUGACAUCACAAUGUGGUAAAUUGGUUAAUAGACCAAUAACAAAAACAGUUCCAAACCUGCCAGUAACAGCUAGUUUUUAGUUUUCCCGUCCCCACUCCCAGACAGUCCUAGCAAAAUUCUUGCUUGAGAAUAUAUAUUUAUUUAUUUAUAUUUAUUAUUUAAAGACCCAGUGCAGUCAAGAACAUGAUUUUCCUGUGUUUUAUAUAUAUUUCCACACUUUGAGGUUGGAAUAAUACUGUGAAAUUGUGAAAAUUAUGAUAAUGCCCUUUUAGUGUAAGAGCUGCUUGAAAAGACUGCCUUAAAUUUCUGCCUGUUUCAGUGGAAUGGAGUUUUGGCCUGCCUGGUGACAUGGACCUUUAAUUGUUACCCAGAAAUGAUUUGAUAUUGAUAUAAAAUGGCUGCAUUGGGCCUUUAAUGAGGGAAUGAGUUCUGUUUCAUAUGGCUGUUAAAUUGUUGAUGUGGAUGUAGAGUUAAUGAAGUGAAUCAGAUUAACUGACUAUAAAGUAGUCUACAGGAACACACUUGUGUGUUUGUCUGGGUUCAUGUCAAAAACAUAGGUCUUGUAUGUAUCACAAACGAUGAUCAUGCUUUACUGUAAAUCAAACUGCAGGGUUUAAGAACUUUUAGAAGAGUUAGAUAUCAGUUCUAUACGUCUACUAUGACCAACUGUUAUCUAUCUAUAUGACCAACUCUCAGGUCUCCCUGUCUGACUGUGUGCUCAGAGUCUAUAUGUUUGUGUUUCCCAGCCUCAGGGUCAGCCAGCCCAGAAGCCCCAGCAUCCUCCCAUACAGCUGGUCCAGCACAGACCCACAGAGAAACCCUGGUCCCCCAUAGAGAAGCCGUCUAAGCCAUCUGCCUUCGAGGUGAAUGCUCACAGUGACAUGAUAGUUGUCAUAACCUUGACCAUGAUGGCCAAAGGCAGUGAUUGUUUUAAUGAGCUAGCAAAGAAUAAGGAAAAGUUAGCAUGGACAGAUUGAAUCAUGGCAGAAGCAUGCAAGUAUGGGGCCACCAUGAGUUACUGUAUUCAGUUGUAUAAUUUGACUGAUUCAUUCCUUCCAACCACCAUGCUGCAUUGGCCAGGAGUCUCUGCUCUCUGAGCUGAGCUGUUUUGAGGCUGAGCUGGACUCGGACAUCCAGGGCCUGGAGAGGAGGCUUUCCCAAAAGAAGCAGACGCGGCGAGGCCGGGGUGAGGUACUGAGGCCCCCCUUGUGACUCUGCUGAAGCAACCCUCCUCCCUGCUACCCUGCCUGUAACCCUCUCCUCACUCUCACACUCCUCUAGAAAUCCACUGAGAGGAGGUCUGGUUGCUUGCAUGGAUAAUGUCAAUACCAUACCUCCCUGUUAUCUCCCCAUCUCCCCUCCUGUGAGGACUAUUUGAAAGACAGACAGCCCUGCAAGCCAACCCCAACACUUCCCUGUGACCCUGCUACGCCCAGGACCUGCCUGACCUGUCUGCCUCAAAUCACACGCCUACAAAUCUAAACCCCCCACAAAUCUAAAUCAGACUGCAAAUCCAACAAGCAUUUGUUAGAUUUUUCCCUCACGCUUUCCGUAGAAACAGAGGUUCAAUUCAAUGAAGAACUUAACUGUUUGCAGCACUGUAUGCCUUGUAUGCUUUUAAUGCUGAAUAGAAGGAUUUAAUUUUACUCUUCAAAGGUUGAUGCUGAUUCUCUUCACAACCUUAAUUUGCACCUAAUCUAAUCAGCUCUAUGUGGUUGUAUACUGCCACUCCUCAAUGAAAGAUGCCACGGAAAGAUACUGUUACCAACCUUGUAAUUGUAUUCAAUGGAGUGUAUUCAAUGGAGUGUAGGACCCAGGGGAGUUCUCUCUCCCUCUCGCUCAUUUGGGAGUGGUCACCAGCUCUGCUCUGUCUGAGUAGCUGUGCGAUUUCCAUCAAGAGAGAACAGCCUUCAAUGUGAUCUCUGCUUCCAGGGUGCCAGGAACGCUGAUCCAGGAACUGCUGCAGGGACAGGGACAACACAGGACAACAGGUGAGUAAUGGGACAACGUUGUUGCUUUGUCUGUUGGUGUGAUUGUACAUACAAUGGUUUUAUCCCUUCAGUAAAACUAUGUCUCAAGUUGUACAGGGUAGUUCAUUGGGUGUAGCUGCGUCACUUUUCUGAUGUUGAGAACUAUGUACAGGAAUUGUUGUUGAUACAGGAAACAGUUAUUAUACUGUUCAUUGUUGUAUCCUGCUACUAUAGUUGCUGAGGUGUGUCCCCAAAACCAUGUCAUCAUCAACUGAUUCACACUCCAUUAUUUCAUUUGCUCUGACAAAUCUGUUCAUAACAGAGGGGAUUUACUCAGCAAAUAUUUUAGCUUUUCUCAAAUCAUUGGGGCAUUUCUUAAGCUUUCUUAUCCAGACAAUAUUUUGUUUUGGACAAAGAUCAAAUCUGGCAGUUUUUUUUACAACUUUAUUGUCCCACAGAGGCUACAGAUAAUGCACUACUGACAUGCGUGCAUCAUUUCUGACACCUCAUACCACUUGGGUAUGAGUAGAAAAUCCACAUGUUGUUUAUAUUACAUACAUGUACGGCAAUGGUAUUGAGACUAUUGCUUGCGCAUUACAUUUGGAUGACUGAUGCCUCUUCAAUGACUAAGCAUCUACAAGUCUGUUUACAACCGUUUGGAUUGCUGUUGUCUUGAUACUAAUGGGUGGGACCCACUUCCUCAGGCUUGUAUCUGUGUCUGUUCACUGGCAGGUUGGUCAUUGAAGAGUCUAGCUAGACUGUGGCUUGAUAACCAGUGCAGAGAGAUGAAGCCAGUCUCUAAGCCAUGAUUCAAAUUAUUGCAGUCAAUGCAUUUUUGCAGGCAUGUGAAAUAACCGUCCUACAGUAACAAUACAGUUUUUAAAGAUAAUGCAAUUCAAAAGCUUGUGACUUUCUAAAGAUAUUCUCCAAAAUGAUCCCAGAUUUUGCUGUUAAUAUGCAACAUGAAGCCAGUGUGAACUGCAGAGGGAGGUAACACCAGGACAGGCCAGGUUAAUGGUUGAGCCCUUGGCUGGCUGGAGGCCACAUACCAGGCCUCCUCUGAGCACAACUCCCACGUUCUUAAUCCAGUUACACAUUUCUUCAUCCACUAUGGAUACAUGCACUUGUCCAUCCCACUACUGUUGCCAUAAGUUACAGUCUUUACAGUCGUUGGUUCCCUAUCAGGUAGAAAUUAGAAAACUUAGCAAAGUAACUUUACUCUUGCUGCCUAGUAGACACUCUUAUAGAAUACUUAAUGGUUGAGCUACAUACCUUUUAACAAGUUGAAGUUCAGUUAAUUUCUUACCUAGUGUGUAAUACAUUCUUGGACAGAUCUCUCCUAAUUGUUGUUUGCUGAACUGAGCUCAGCGGUUUUGGCCCAGCAAACUCCUGCCUACCUCAAGGCCUCAGGGUCCGGUUACCGAGCCGGUUGCUAAGGAGAUGUAAAAUGGAAACAUACAGCAAUAAGAAUAUGGCAGGUUUUUACUGCUUCCUGUUGUCCAGGCCUCCUGCUUGGCUGCAGGCAGACACAGCCAUGUGCCAGACUCUGACUGGAUCAACAGGCAGGUGUGAUGCCUCUCUGUCACUGUGUUUAUCUGGUUCAGACAGUGGACAGCUGUUUACUGAUCUAAUGCACUUUCUCAGAUAUGUUUGUUUAAUAAUGAUACUGAUUUGCUCAUGCUGCUAGAUGUUUUAACUUCACAAUUAUUGGAGAACCCUGCAUGAUGUUUCCCUGUCAUUUACACAUGGUAAUAAUGUCAGUGAUUAUAAUGAUGACUAUAAGUUCUCCAAAGACAGAAGGUCCCCAGAGUCAUUUCAUCUGGAUCUCUCUCUCUCUCUCUCUCUCUCUCUCUCUCUCUCAAUUUGGUCAUUUGUUUCAACUUUGUUUGAUCUUUAUAUGCAAACCAGCAGCUGUGGCCAGAGGCCAAAUCUGCAUGACAAAUGUGUAUACUACUGCACACAGUACCCUGUCCUUAUACAGUGUGGAGCUCCACCAUGUAGGCUGUUAAUGUUGGGAAACAUCAAAUUGACUGGAGUUUGUGGGAGCAUACAGUCAUAUAGUAAACCUGUUCUCUUUUCCUGUCAUUCUUUCCAGCUCUUUGACUGGAGCAAAGCAACCUCUCCAUCGUCCCAUUGUCCCCACAACAGCUGUUGCUCAGAGGGCAACCUCCAGUCCCACACAUGGUAAGGCUACAUAGGAGUUGAUCCUGGAUCCAAACCAUACAUGAAAACAUUUAUUCAGAAAGAGUGGUGCUAUGGAUAGGCCACUCGACAUGCAGUCUCCGUAAAAUGGCUCAGUAAAGACUAGUAACAGUAGGUUGGCCAUAAUACUGCUGUGUACUUGAAUGCUGUUAUCGGAAUUGAUUCAUUUUUAAAAUGGGUAAUGUAUACAAUCUAAUCAGUGACACUUCCAUGGAAAAACAGCCUCUACUAACGAAAUACAGUAAUUCAAUAUGGGACUACUGUUGAAGUCUUGUGAUUCCUUGUGAUUUCCUGUAGUCUUUCCUGAUCUGUCUGAAUGAAUUUGAUAUAAAACUGACCUGGGUUAAUGAGAGGAGAGGUGUCUUACUUUUAGUAUGGACAGAACUGUAGUGUAUGGGUGGGGAGGUAGCACAGAAAAUAGGGACUGCGGGCCGGAAGCCUUGAUUAUAGAUUAGCUUUAUCCAACUGUUUUUCUUGGAGAUUAGUCAGAGAACCAGCCCAAAAGUUUGGUUUCUUUAGAAUAACAUACAUUGAACUGGAGAGGGUUCAUUCAAUGUUUACAUAUCUUCCCACUGACUUGAUAUAAUUACACUCUUAAAGCAACAAAAGCUGGAUUGGGAGGCUAUACAGUUUCCUGAUAAAACCUUGUGAUUCUGCUCCACUCUUUUGACCCGUGUCUUGUUUCCUCACUCUCAUCACUGUUACUCUCCACGUCCCCAUGCUGUUCUACAAUAGAACGCCUCUCCCCUGCACCUGAAGUCAUGGAGUUUCCACCCAGGAGACAGGAGAAGCAGGUAGAUGUCUUUAUCUUUCUUGGUGUUGGGAUAUCCAACUACUAUACAUACCUGUGUAUACUGUACACAAUGUCAGAACAUUUUGAAAAUGGAUCUAUGAUCUUUGAGGAGUGAGGUUCACCGUGAGGUUUUAGUGCUUUAUGUAUUGUGCUCUGAAUAAUCGGUAUAUCUUUUAUUUUAGCUUCCCUGAUUAGGAUCUUGCUAUAACUAUCAACAACUGCAAGCUGGAACAGGCCUGUGCCCUUGUGAAAAGCAAUAAAUGUCUUUGUGUUUGUUUGUGCAGAUGAAAGCAGCAAGAGCCAAGUUCACUUUCCAGGCUCAGUCACCCAAGUGAGUUAUAAUUCCUGCUGAUCGGCUGCAAACCAUUUCCUCUCUCACACGUCCGUUUAACUGUAUUGUCAGUGAAUAGAAACACACCCAAUGUAAUUAUAUCACAUUUAGGUCUGCCAAACCUAAUUGGACCAAACCGAUUAUUUCAGAAAGCCCAAUAAUAUUAAUGUUAACAUUGAGUUACUAGAAACAAAACCCUUGCAACAGAACAUUGCACAAAAGCUGAGCUCUUCCUUUAAUCUAAUGCAUGUCCCUGGUGCCACAGUAUGACUUUUCUCCUCUUCAUAGGGAACUGUCUCUACAGAAGGGGGACAUUGUUUACAUCCGCAGGCAGGUAGACGGCAACUGGUUUGAAGGAGAGCAUCAUGGGAGAGCCGGUAUCUUCCCCACAACCUAUGUGGAGGUGGGUGUGCAUCCAUCUAACCUCUGAGUGUCAAUUUAUGUGAUGCACUCCACAUGUCAUUCUGAACCUCACUCAUUUCUGCCCCAGAUUGUCCCUUCUACAGAGAAGCCCACACCCAUCAAGUCUCCCACCAUCCAGUUGCUGGAUUACGGAGAGGCAGUGGCUCUGUUCACCUUCAAUGCAGACCUUCCUGUUGAGCUGUCCUUCCGCAAAGUGAGCAUCCUACUAUGUACUAUAUGUUAUAUCUUUAACACCCUAAUACAGUGGGGGAAAAAGUAUUUAGUCAGCCACCAAUUGUGCAAGUUCUCCCACUUAAAAAGAUGAGAGAGGCCUGUAAUUUUCAUCAUAGGUACACGUCAACUAUGACAGACAAAUUGAGAAAAAAAAAUCCUGAAAAUCACAUUUUGGUGGAAAAUAAGUAUUUGGUCACCUACAAACAAGCAAGAUUUCUGGCUCUCACAGACCUGUAACUUCUUCUUUAAGAGGCUCCUCUGUCCUCCACUCGUUACCUGUAUUAAUGGCACCUGUUUGAACUUGUUAUCAGUAUAAAAGACACCUGUCCACAACCUCAAACAGUCACACUCCAAACUCCACUAUGGCCAAUACCAAAGAGCUGUCAAAGGACACCAGAAACAAAAUUGUAGACCUGCACCAGGCUGGGAAGACUGAAUCUGCAAUAGGUAAGCAGCUUGGUUUGAAGAAAUCAACUGUGGGAGCAAUUAUUAGGAAAUGGAAGACAUACAAGACCACUGAUAAUCUCCCUCGAUCUGGGGCUCCACGCAAGAUCUCACCCCGUGGGGUCAAAAUGAUCACAAGAACGGUGAGCAAAAAUCCCAGAACCACACGGGGGGACCUAGUGAAUGACCUGCAGAGAGCUGGGACCAAAGUAACAAAGCCUACCAUCAGUAACACACUACGCCGCCAGGGACUCAAAUCCUGCAGUGCCAGACGUGUCCCCCUGCUUAAGCCAGUACAUGUCCAGGCCCAUCUGAAGUUUGCUAGAGUGCAUUUGGAUGAUCCAGAAGAGGAUUGGGAGAAUGUCAUAUGGUCAGAUGAAACCAAAAUAUAACUUUUUGGUAAAAACUCAACUCGUCGUGUUUGGAGGACAAAGAAUGCUGAGUUGCAUCCAAAGAACACCAUACCUAUUGUGAAGCAUGGGGGUGGAAACAUCAUGCUUUGGGGCUGUUUUUCUGCAAAGGGACCAGGACGACUGAUCCGUGUAAAGGAAAGAAUGAAUGGGGCCAUGUAUCGUGAGAAUUUGAGUGAAACCUCCUUCCAUCAGCAAGGGCAUUGAAGAUGAAACAUGGCUGGGUCUUUCAGCAUGACAAUGAUCCCAAACACACCGCCCGGGCAACGAAGGAGUGGCUUCGUAAGAAGCAUUUCAAGGUCCUGGAGUGGCCUAGCCAGUCUCCAGAUCUCAACCCCAUAGAAAAUCUUUGGAGGGAGUUGAAAGUCCAUGUUGCCCAGCGACAGCCCCAAAACAUCACUGCUCUAGAGGAGAUCUGCAUGGAGGAAUGGGCCAAAAUACCAGCAACAGUGUAUGAAAACCUUGUGAAGACUUACAGAAAAGUUUGACCUGUGUCAUUGCCAACAAAGGGUAUAUAACAAAGUAUUAAGAAACUUUUGUUAUUGACCAAAUACUUAUUUUCCACCAUAAUUUGCAAAUAAAUUCAUUAAAAAUCCUACAAUGUGAUUUUCUGGAUUUCUUUUUCUCAUUUUGUCUGUCAUAGUUGACGUGUACCUAUGAUGAAAAUUACAGGCCUCUCUCAUCUUUUUAAGUGGGAGAACUUGCACAAUUGGUGGCUGACUAAAUACUUUUUCCCCCCACUGUACCUGUAUUAAAUCAUUAAGAAAGCCAGUGCUGCAAUUGGCUGCAGGCUGGAAUCAAUGCAGGACAUGUUCAUAAAAAGGCUGCAAGUGAAAACACACAUGAUCAUGGACAAUGACACACACCCACUCCACAGCACUCUAAUGCAACAAAGUAGCAGCUUCAGUUGCAGGUCCAUCCUGCCCAGAUGUUCCACAGAGAGUUUAGACUGUCAUUUUUACCCACAGCCAUGAGGCUUUUUAAUGAGUGUAAUUGAUUAACUGUUUUGUGAGGUCUUCCUAUUGGAACAUCUUGUUGCCUGUUUUUUCCCUAGAGUAGGAUAGAAAACAGCACUGGAAUCAGACUAUCCUUUUAGGGAUACUAUGGUGCAUGUGCCUUUCUGUGUCUUGUUUUGUUUUUUAUCAUGUGUUGGUCAUUGUUACGUGUUCUGUCAUUGAUGGAUGCUGUGAUAAAACAAUUUGCCAAGUUGGGAUUAAUAAGGUAAUACUCUACUCUCUAAUCUUAAACUGUUGACUGUCCUUUUCGAAUCUUUAAUCAUUCAAAGUACUCCCUCUCUACUGUGUCUCUCUCACACUGCCUGUGUUUUCUUUACGGUUGAUACACUACUGUAUUCAGAAUUACAUGGAUACUGACGAUUACCUGAGAUUUGAAUGUGUUACGUGAGAGUUAUGGUACUUUUGUCAUGAACCAUGAUCUCCCUGCUCCUCUAUCUCAGGGCGAGGUGAUUAGUGUAACCAGGCGUGUGGACGACAAGUGGCUGGAGGGCCGGAUCCCAGGGACCAGCCGGAGUGGCAUCUUCCCCACCAACUACGUCCAGGUUAACAAGUUGCCCCGCACCAAAUCAUCCUCUGACGACUACCCAUUAUGCCCCAUGUCACCCACAUCCCCAGAGCCAAUGAGUCCAGGACGCCCUCUACACUCACCUUGCUCGCCUUUGACCCGCUCGCCUCUGAGUCUGACCCCCUCCUCCCGCAGCCCUGAACCAGGAUACUCCCCCCUGAAGCCGUCCUCACCCAUACCCCAUGGGACAGUAGCCUCCCAUUUACGUUCAUCCCUCCAGCCCUCACUAUCCAAAGAAGCACCCAAUCACUGGCCACACCCCACUUCUGGGCCUGCCUCCCCCACCCCCCAGAACAACCACUGGGGAGCAGCACACCCAGCUUUGCAAAAUUCUAUUGGCAGAGCUGGUUCACCAUCAAAUCAGAUGUCACCAUCUGCCCACAGGGGAGGAGCAGCCCCGACCAACAUCCCCAAAACAAAAACGACCAACAAUGCUGGCUCGACAGUAGUGCAACGCCAACCGUGAGUCAAAAAAAUGUGUCAAUCAAAAUGUGAUUUUAUAUAACGUGAUUGGGAUACUGUCUAUCUCAUUCUUCAUUGCCACAGUCUAUUCGUCUUGCCAAAAAUCAAAUCCUAAACCCUGGCCUGUGCUGUCUCACUCAGAUACAAAGCAGUUUACAACUACAACCCACAGAACAGAGAUGAGCUGGAACUGAGAGAGGGGGACAUCGUACAAGUGAUGGAGAAGUGUGAUGAUGGCUGGUUUGUAGGUAAGACAUUUACACAAGCCUUACCUGAAAUGGGCAAUCUGCAGUAGCUACAUCCAUUUUUGGACUUAGAAAUUAAUGAUAUGGACCCAUUGAUUCUUGAAGAAUAUAACUUAUAAAUACCUCAUGAGCUUAGUUCAACUAUCGU